CUAUGUUGCACCUUCUGCUGCUGCUGCUGCUGCUGGUUUGCAGCUCCCAGGCCAGUCAUUUUUAUGGGACAGUGAUGACCUACUACCCAAAAAACACUCACGCAGAUGGAUCUGUCACGGUGGUAGUUCGCUAUAAGUCAAACUCUCACUCUUGCACAAAAGAAGCGUGGACGUGCCUCAGCGGGAAUUGUGGAAAUGAGAGCUUAGUGACGGGCAACAUCGACGAGGAGAGCGGUGCAUGGUGUCAGACAGAGGGAAUCUCAACUCGGCUGGUUCCCAGCAACGCUCCGUUUCAGCUGGUGUUGGCGGGCAAUAGCUGGAUAAACAAUACUAAAAAUAACAUUGAAUAUUGGAGAGCUGUGACUCUGGUGGAACUGAGGAACCGGUCAGACACCGGCCAAGCCAACACAUCACCACAGACUACCAUACUGCCUGUUGCGAGAGUUCCUUCAAACUGUCUGAGAGAUUUCAACCUUUUGGCGUUCGACCCUGAUGGAGAUGAGGUUAAAUGCAGAUAUGGAAAUGACACAUUACAAGAGUGUAACCCCUGCACACCACCGUCUGUUCUCAACCUCUCAUCAUCUUGUACUCUGUCAUUCAGCCCCACCAGUAGCAGUAAUGAAGGUGCGUACGUCGUGCAGCUGGUGAUGGAGGACUUUCCCAGAGAGACGAUCAAACUGAUUCAAACCAAUGGUUCACAGGAGGUGAAAACUACCAGCAAUGCUAUCAGCAAAAUACCUGUCCAGUUUGCAUUAAAGGUGGAUCCUGUGGUGCCAUCCUGCACAGAGGGGAUCUACCUGCCCAAGUUCCUGCCUCCAACCCCAGCCAACAGAGCUCAACUGUACACCCCUGCCAGUCAGACCCUGGAAAUCAGAAUCAAUGCACAAGCAAAUAACUCCACGAUCUCUGAGCUGCUGUUCAGCGGGCCACACAACAUAGAUGAGACUACAUUGGGAACAGGACAGUUCAUCCUGAGAUGGACACCGUCUGAGAGUGAAAAUGGAAAAAGCUACCCUGUCUGUUUUGUCGUCCAGGCAAAGUUGAAUUCAGCCAAAUAUCACUCGGAGUUUAGAUGUGUCAUUGUGACCGUUGGAACUGAACCAAUAACUACUACACCAACUAAAAGUACAACCAUCAUUCCCUCUACUACUACACCACAAAAGACAACCACUUUUUCUUGGACAACUACACCACAAACCACAACACCCAAUGAUAUAUCUACUACACAAAGUUCAACAAAUGUCCCCUCUACAACUGCAAGUGCAACCACUUUUUCUUCGACAACUACACCACAAACCACAACACCCAAUGAUACAUCUACUACACAAAGUUUAACAAACGUCCCCUCUACAACUGCAAGUGCAACCAAUUUUUCUUCAACAACUGCACCACAGACUGCAACACCCAACAAUACAUCUACAACACAAAGUUCAACAAAUGUCUCCUCUACAACUGCAAGUGCAACCAAUUUUUCUUCAGCAACUGCACCACAGACCGCAACACUCAACAACACAUCUACUACACAAACUUCAACAAACGUCUCCUCUACAACUGCAACCAAUUUUUCUUCGACAACUACAACACAAAUCACAACACCCAACAAUACAUCUACUACACAAAGUUUAACAAACAUCCCCUCUACAACUGCAAGUGCAACCACUUUUUCUUCGACAACUACACCACAAACCACAACACCCAAUGAUACAUCUACUACACAAAGUUCAACAAACGUCCCCUCUACAACUGCAAGUGCAACCAAUUUUUCUUCAGCAACUGCACCACAGACCGCAACACUCAACAACACAUCUACUACACAAACUUCAACAAACGUCUCCUCUACAACUGCAACCAAUUUUUCUUCGACAACUACAACACAAAUCACAACACCCAACAAUACAUCUACUACACAAAGUUUAACAAACAUCCCCUCUACAACUGCAAGUGCAACCACUUUUUCUUCGACAACUACACCACAAACCACAACACCCAAUGAUACAUCUACUACACAAAGUUCAACAAACGUCCCCUCUACAACUGCAAGUGCAACCAAUUUUUCUUCAGCAACUGCACCACAGACCGCAACACCAAACAAUACAUCUAUUACACAAAGUUCAACAAGUCCACAUUCAGUUGCUAAACCUCAAGACACAACUCUCAACAUCUCAAACAACUUUGUUGUAGGUCUGAAUAUGAGGAUUUCCUCUUCAUCUCCACUAUCUGAGGACUACAUCAGAAAUACUGUCAUACAGCAGCUUAAGGAUGAACUGGUGAGACGUGGGCUGCCAUCAGACAUCUCUCUACGCCUGGUGAGCAGCAUGAAGCUGGAAGUCAGCAACACAACUGCUGGUGGUUCAUUGUGAAACUCUACUGACCCCUGAAGGGAAGUUUUGUUUUCAGUUGUCUGACAUUUACUGAACUAAUAUCAGUCAUUUUUCUACUGUUUUUUAUUGUUGUUGUUGCUUUGUUUUUGUUUUUUUUUACAGUAGUUUUAGUUUUUGAAAAGAAAUGUUUAAGUAUCUUUGAAAAUGACCAUUAACUUUUGUUUGUUUUGUUUAGUUCUAUGUGCCGUCUAGAUAUUGAUGCUGUCAUAUGUUGGAAAUGUUCCAUUGAUAUUAAAAGAAAUGUUAAUAAAGCCAAAUAUCUAAGGAAAUUAACUUUCAUUUGUCCCUCAUAAGAUUAAAGUUACUACAAGGAACUUUUAACUGGUUAUGAAACAGUGUCAUGAAGCCUCUGUAUGACCAACAUAAGCAGACGAGACCAUCAGAGAGAAGAUUGGCCAUUUCUAUAUAAUUAUUCUGUCUAAUUCUAUUCCCUGCGAAAUCAGAUGAAAUGAUUUAUGGCACACAGACCGGAAGAGCCUUUGUGUUUAGAUUACAUUUUUCAUUGUAGCGUGAGGGAGUAAAGACAUUACUAAGACGAGGGGAGGCUAUUCUCUUCAUUUGAUAAAGUCAAAAGUAAAGUUGGCUUCCCAAUUCAUUUUAAAAAGAGAGAAGAAGACAGAGAGAGAGAAAGCGUUGGUGGUCGAGUGAGCUAGCUAAAGCACAAAUAAACACUCCCACACCUCCACACAACCCUUCGAAAAGAUGCCACAUUGCCGGAUUUGGUGGUGAAUGCAUCCUUAAAUUUACACGUACAGUUCAAAAGUAUAAUCAAGUGUGUUCCAAAAGCCAUUUCAAGUUGAAUUUGUUAAUUUGGAUAUUAGUUUGUUUGUUGAUUUGUAAUGUCUAAUGUUUAAAUAUUCAAAUUAGGGCUGAACAGUAUAUCAAUGUUUUAUCAAUGUCAUGAUAUAAGACUGCAUAUCGUCUGGAAUUUUGGAUACCAUAAUAUUGUGAUAAAGCAUAAGAGUUAUCUUUUUCUUUUACUCAUUUUAACCCUUUAAAACCUGGAUUGAUGUCAGAUUUCUUGUGUUUAAAUGCUUGUGAAAGGCUGCGUUCAGAUGCCUUUUUUACGAGCUUAAAAGGAUGCAUUGCAAUAAAGGGUACAGUUUUUCGUAUUAAUUUUUUAUUAGACUUUUGUAGCCAUUUUAUUAUUUGUUUCUACUUGCUUGGUCAUCUGAUCUAAAUUGUUAAGUAUUGUUCAUCAAAAAUUUAAUUGUGGAAAUAUUUUGUGAAAGAACCAAUAUAUCACAAUAUUGGUAUUAGGUCAAAAAUGUCAUAUUGGAUAUUGUCCAUAUCACUCAGCCCUUGUUCAGAUUUUCCAUUGCAAGUUCA